CCAAAACGGCCUCCUAUUACAAACAGCAUCAUUUUCUUGAAUGUAAAAAUAGUAAUGCAGUUAGUUAGCAGACAGUAGUACAGUUAUACGUAAACUGAUAAUUACUUAGCUGCAGAAUCAGAGAAAGAUAUGAAUGAACAAGAGGCUGCUGUGGAAGAGAAGUCCCCAGAAGAUAAAGAGAAACAGAUAAUUGCAAAAUCAACAUGCAAUGAGUUUGUAAAAGAGGCGAAGCAGAUCAGUUCAAUUUUUAUGCCAAUGUUGAUUGUUACAGCCUCGGAUUAUUCAUUAAGAUUUCUAUCCACUUUAAUGGUCGGCCAUGUUGGGAAACUAUACUUCUCCGGAGCUGUCAUCUCUACGUCGAUCACUAAUGUUACUGGCUUCAGUUUUAUUUAUGGAAUGGCUGGUGCUCUGGAAACUUUAUGUGGUCAAGCGUAUGGCGCAAAGCAGCACAAAAAACUCUCCAUCUAUACUUAUGGGGCCAUAAUAUCUCUACUUCUACUCUGCAUACCAAUAGCAAUCCUAUGGAUCUUUAUGGAAAAAUUCCUAAUCCUAAUCCAGCAAGACCCUGAAAUUUCACAUGUAGCCGGAAAGUUUACAAUCUGGAUGAUACCAGCUCUAUUCUCUCACGCUAUUCUCCAGCCAUUGAUUCGCUACUAUCAGUCUCAGUACUUGACUCUUCCGCUGCUAGCAGCGUCAGUGGCAACUCUGGCUUUUCAUAUCCCCAUGUGUUGGGCUUUUGUAUUUAAGUUCAAUAUGGGAAGUGAUGGAGCAGCAUUGGCUAUCAGUUUAUCAUAUUGGCUUAACACCAUCUUUCUUGGUCUCUACGCCAUGUAUUCACCGAAAUGUGCUGACACUCGUGCUCCAGUUUCUAUGGAGGUUUUUAGUACAAUUAAGGAUUUCUUGCGGCUUGGUGUCCCGUCUGCUCUCAUGGCUUGUCUUGAAUGGUGGGCAUAUGAGAUAAUUAUAUUGCUCGCGGGGAUUAUGAGAAAUCCCCAACUGGAGACUUCCGUGCUGUCAAUAUGUGUUACAGUAGCUAUCCUACAUUAUUUAGUCCCAUACUCUCUUGGUGUUGCUGCAAGUGUUCGGAUUUCAAACGAAUUAGGGGCUGGAAAUUCAAAGGCUGCUCGGAGAACUGUCUGGGUAGUUUUGGUUCUUGGAGUUACAGAGGUGAGCGUUUCUGCAACAGUACUUUUCUCCCUUCGCUAUGUUCUAGGACGUGCAUUUGUGAGCGAUAAGCAAAUAGUGGAUUAUGUGAGGAGGAUGACUCCAUUCAUAUGUCUCACCAUAAUCCUGGACAACUUUCAAUCUAUACUUUCAGGAGUUGCCAGAGGAACCGGGUGGCAGACUCUGGGUGCUUGUGUGAAUCUGGGGUCGUAUUAUGUAGUGGGAACUCCAGUGGCCAUAUUAUUGGGUUUUCAGGCGCAUUUGAAGGCCAAGGGUCUUUGGAUCGGUAUAGUAUCAGGAGCACUGGUUCAGGGUAUUCUGCUUGCUAUUAUAACAUGUUUUACAGAUUGGAAAAAAGAGGUAAUGUUCAUAACUGAUUUGCUUCUGUAG